UACAAACACAAACACAUCGUCCAUCCGUUGAUAGACGGUCAGUUGAAAGCAGACGCGCGAGUCGGUACAACGUUAGCGCGCGAAUAUUUAAAUUUUGUUCUUAAUUUCAAAACAAAAUAAAAUGCUGUUCUACGUCACCGUGGCUGUGCUACUGGCCAGUGUCCAGGCGAAGUUUUACUCGGAUUGCGGUUCAAAUUUGUCCACACUGCAAAAGGUGGAAGUGAGCGGGUGUUCCGACAAUGCCAAGGAGUGCAUACUCAAGAGAAACACUAAUGUUACCAUCAGCCUUGAAUUUACACCAUCAAAGGAUAUUAAGAAUUUGGAGACAGAAGUGCAUGGUGUGAUCAUGAACCUACCGGUGCCUUUCCCGUUACCGCAGCCAGACGCCUGCAAGGACACCGGACUCAGAUGUCCCUUGAAGGCUGGCGACGUGGCAAACUAUAAAUCAACAUUACCAGUUUUGAAGUCAUAUCCUAAAGUAAAAGUCGACGUGAAGUGGGAACUGAAAUUUGACGAAGAAGACGUCGUUUGCAUAUUAAUUCCCGCGAAAAUCAAUUAAAAUAUAAAAUAAAUACACAUAUGCAUAAGGAAGUAAUUUGUACGAGAAAAUGUUACAGAUUUUUCCGCCUAAAAUUUUGACAACUUUGUAUUGUUACGUUUGAUAAAGGUAUUUGAAUCGUACAGCCAUGAGAACAAAUAUAUUUUUGAAUUUAAAAAUAUAAACUCGAAUAAACUAAAGAAAAAAAACAAUUAAAAUGUAUUUAUUUCAUGUAAAUUAUAAUAAAUGUCUCAUUUUCCAUGUUACCCAGUAAUUAUUAAAAUUGUAACAUUCGUGUUAAUUAUAAAUUUUGUAGGCACUUCUUGCCUCACAAGAUUGUAUUAUGUUGUUUCUCACCAAAGUUAGUUUAGAAAUAAUUUUACUGUGUUUUGUGAAUUUAUAGCGCUUUAAUAAAAAUAAAAAAACAGUCUUGGUUUAUGCAAACUUUUGUACCUAAUCGAUUUGAA